AUGGAACUAUUGAAAUGGAAACGUUGUGCAAAUAUUUUCGACUUAUCAAACGAUUAUUAUUGUGUUACUAUGUUUACGCACAAACCGGAAAAUUUAACGAAACAAUGUCGUUUACCCACUAAAGAUUUCUGGCUCAUCAUUUUUUACAUUACAGAUAUGGCCAAUAGCGCGUACUAUGUAAAACUGAAUGAUACGUUACUUUCCGGAAGACGAUUCACUGGCCGCAGUGGAAUAUCAACAUCGGAGCCAAUAGGAGAAAAUGAUUCGAGCUAUUUCAAACUAUUGGAAGCAGAUGGCGAUUCGCUCCUUAUUGGUGCAAGAGAUAGAGCCUACAAUUUAUCAAUGGCAAAUCUACAAGUAUUACACGUGUUAGAAUGGGUACCGCCGGGACAAACGAUCGAGGAUUGUCUUAUGAAAGGCAAAAGUCGGUUGGAAUGUCAUAACUACAUUCGAGUUAUGGUACGACAAUCCAAUGGACGUAGCCUUAUUUGUGGCACACAUGCAUAUUCGCCCAAAUGUCGGGAAUACGCUUAUUCAGAUGAUGAUCGCAUGCUACAACAAAGACGGCAGUUCGAUGGACAAGGAAUUGUACCUUACGAUCCAAAACACAAUUCUACCGCGGUUUACAUCGCCGAUGCCAAUGAAAUCUAUACGGGAACAGUAUCAGAUUUUGCUGGCAAUGAUCCACUUAUUUACAGGAAAAGAUUAUCAGAUGACGAAGGAUUAAGAACACAACGAGAUGACCUUAAAGUACUCGACUCACCAAAUUUCGUGGCAUCAUUUAUUUACGGCGACCAUGUUUAUUUUUGGUAUCGCGAAUGGGCUGCUGAAGCUAGCGAUGGCGAUCGACAGAUCUAUGCUCGAGUUUCGAGAGUUUGUAAAAAUGAUCGCGGCGGUGCCCGUCCAGCUCAUGAGCGCUGGACAUCGUAUGUAAAAGCGCGACUAAACUGUUCAAUCUCGGCAAAUACGCCAUUUUAUUUCAAUGAACUGCAAGCGGUGACCGAACCGACAACAACAACAGAUGGUUCUUCUUAUGUAUAUGCUGUUUUUUCAACACCCGAAAGCAGUGUCCAAAUGUCAGCUGUAUGUGCAUAUCGAAUGGAAACUAUCAAGCGGGUUUUUGAUUAUGGACAUUUUAAAAUUCAAAAAACUGCUCAAAGCUUUUGGAUACCUCACAAACCGCACGAAAGUAUACCUAUUUCAAGACCUGGGUCGUGCGUUGCGGAUUCCUCAAAGUUAUCGGAAAAUAUUGUUUCGUUCAUCGCACGCAACCCAUUGAUGCACGAAGCGGUCCCUGCGGUACGUUCAAGACCAAUCCUCGUUCAAGGACCCGAACAUGCGUCAUUCACGCAGAUCGCCGUUUUACCUAAAGUUCAUUCGGUUAAAAAAGGGGUGACACGUAACGCCUUGUAUAUUGGUACUUCGGAUGGACGUGUCCUGAAGGUCUAUGAUUCUCAAGAUGGUCCUACGACAGUUGUUCAGUCAGUAAAAGUUUUCUCCAAAAAUUUGCCGAUUAUUAAUUUGAUGGCUAUCAAUGACCAGUUGAUUGUGGUAAGUUCAGACGAAAUAGCAGCAAUUCCAUUGGAAUACUGUUCAGAACAACGAAAUUGUGCAGGUUGCGUGCAUUUGCAAGAUGCACAUUGUGCAUGGGAUUUAGAUAGUGCUCGUUGUGUUGGUCGAAGCACAUGGUCAGGAGAAAAUUUCGUCCAAAACAUAGUUCUGGGACAGUCGGAACAAUGUCCUGAAGGUGCCGUGGACCCGGACUACUAUGCGGUUGAUGAGUUACAUUCGGAUCGGGUCAUUUCAAUGGACGAAAUAGCGAAUAAUUCUGGUUGUGCACGACUUGUCGUAGUUGUGUUGAUAACGAUGACUAUUGCCUCAGUUUGCGGCUUCUUUGUUGGCUAUCGAUUAUCCAGGUGGAGAUUAAUACGGGAUGGUCAGCCUCAUUCAUCCAGUUCUUCCACAGGAAGUUAUGAUUCGUAUGGACGUGCUCGGUUGACACGUCAUGAUUCCUUAGCUGGUGCCAAAUCGGAGCAUGUUUAUGGUGCAGGACCUGUAAAGGAUGCAGUAUCAUUAGUUUCAGCCAUACCUCAAAAUGGUACAAUAUUUUUGAAUCCUAGUAGUAAUAUAAAUUCUGGCUUUGCAACAUCUAAACUUUCUGUAGAAAAAAAUCACAUAACAUGUUUGAAUAACAGUACGUUACCAAGGGACUAUAAAGUUAAAAAAGUUUAUUUAUAG